UACGUGACCAAUAAAAAUACAUUUUUUCUAAAAGAUAUAUAAAACAGAACUGAUUUUUGUACAACUACAUAAAUUGAAUUUUUGAUUAUUUUGUUUUUAUAAAAAGUAAAAAUGUCACUUUUUCAACUUUCUUUUGUUUUAGUGGUGCUUGUCCAAUUAUCACAACAGGCCGCAAUUGAAAAUAGAAUUGUGAAUGGUGAAAUAGUAACAUCCAUAGAAGAAUAUCCAUAUCAAGUGUCUCUGUUUAAAAAAAACCAGACGAAUAACAUUUUAGGAUACCGUUUCUAUUGCGGGGGAUCUGUAAUAUCAGAAAAAUAUAUUCUUACUGCGGCUCAUUGCGUAACUGUGCAUAAUACAACGCAGAAAUUACCAGCUGAACAUAUCUUUGUUAUAGCGGGAAAAACAAGUGUUGCUAAAUUUGAUAAGCAAUUAGCUCACAUAACUAAUAAAACUAUAGUACAUCCAAAUUAUAAUUUAGAGUUUAAUUUCGAAGGAAAAUUAAUAAAAAUAACAAAUGAUAUUGCUCUAAUAAAUCUCAAGGACCCUUUAAAAUUAUCUGAAAAAAUUAAUAAAGUUAGGUUACCAAAGAAACGUGAAUCAAGUUCUUGGUUUUAUGGUAAAACCGCUGUAGCAACUGGAUUUGGGAUGAUAUAUCUUAAUGAAUUUACUGCAAAUUUAUAUGCUGUAAACCUUACAAUACCUGAAAAAAAUAAAUGCAACCAGGGUGAUGAUAAACUUAUAUGUAUACGUCAAGACAAAAAACGCAGAGGAAUUUGUUAUGGUGACUCUGGAGGGCCUCUAGUUGUAAAUGGAGUACAAUGUGGAGUUACAAGUAGCUUAUUGCCAGAUCCUGAUGAUCAUUCUGAUCCUCAUUUAUGUCAUUUAGCAACAGAGUUUGAUUUUGCUAAUAUCAUAUACUACAGGGACUGGAUAUCCGAGAAUUCCGAUGUCGAUGAAGAGAAUGCUGAGUAGUACCCUCUUAAAGUAUCAAUGGUAACCAAGAAAGUAGUAUUGAUAUACAAUAAAUAUAAGAUAUUACAGUCAUAUGGUAAUAAAAUUAUGUUAAAAUUGU